GGCCCGGGAUGCCGCGGCGCGCUUGGGCCUCGGUCCCGGGCCCACCCUGCAGCGUGCGGUUGCGCACUGAGUCGCCCGCCCUCCCGGAAGCGCAGCGCGCGCCUCGCGCCACGUCUGCUCUAGCGCAGCCUGCCAGGUCCUGCAGCCGCCGCCCCAGCCGCGGUCCGUGGGGCUCGACCGGGAACAUCAUGGACAGCGCGGCUCCGCGCUCCACCGCCGCGCUGCUCCUGCUGCUGCUGCUGCUUCUCCUGCUCCGGGCCGAGCGAACGCGGGGCGCAGAGCUCACCUUCGAGCUGCCCGACAGCGCCAAGCAGUGUUUCCACGAGGACGUGGAGCAGGGCGUGAAAUUCUCCCUGGAUUACCAGGUUAUCACUGGAGGUCACUAUGAUGUUGACUGCUACGUGGAGGACCCCUUGGGAAACACCAUCUACAGGGAAACCAAGAAGCAGUAUGACAGCUUCACGCACCGGGCUGAGGUCAAGGGCGUGUAUCAGUUCUGCUUCAGUAAUGAGUUUUCCACCUUCUCUCACAAGACCAUCUACUUUGACUUUCAAGUGGGCGAUGAACCCCCUAUUCUCCCAGACAUGGGGAACAGAGUCACAGCUCUCACCCAGAUGGAGUCUGCCUGUGUGACCAUUCAUGAGGCUCUAAAGACGGUGAUUGACUCCCAGACGCAUUACCGGCUCCGGGAGGCCCAGGACCGAGCCCGUGCCGAAGACCUGAAUAACCGAGUCUCUUACUGGUCUAUUGGUGAGACAGUCGCCCUGUUUGUGGUCAGCUUUAGCCAGGUGCUGCUACUGAAAAGCUUCUUCACAGAAAAACGACCCGUCAGCAGGGCGGUCCACUCCUAGUCGAGGCCUGGGUCUCCAGGGCCGCUCACACCCCAGGAUGGAGUGGCUCUCCUAGGUCACAGGCUCCUGCUGGGUUGGGGGGUGCAACCUAGGGUGGAGGCAGAGCUGCUUGGAGGAGAGCACGGGGUGACAUGCUCUCACCUCGCCCUCUACUUAGAUUCUUAAUCCUUGUACUGCAGCAGCCAGAGCUCACAGAGCCCGGUAAUGAGAAGGCACCCAGUUGCAUUAUGUAACACUGAAGGAAAAAAGUUUACAGUCAGGUGAGGGAUUGGCCACUGUGGGAGGGCAGGUGGGCAGCAGUCCAGGCCUGGUUGGUAGGAGGAACCCCUAGUGCCCAGGCCUCCGGGGGACAACUUGGGGCUUUCCCUCUGCUCUGUGAUGCAUGAGUCAUUGGCUUAUGUGUAUCCUAUCUGGUGUGGAGAAGAAGGGGGCCCUCAGUCUGGCCUUCCCUCACAGAGAGAGCUCUCUGUACCUGAGGAAACCAGGCCCUGAAACAGCUCUGUAGAAAUUCCCACCCCAGGUGAGCAGCGGUAUCCGCUGUUCCAGGGGGAGCAAAAUGGUGACUGGGUGUCCUCGGUUAGCUGUGUAUCUCCUAGGAGGCGGAACUCUGGCUAAUAAAAACUAAGUGUGAAUGCCA